UUCCCACAACGCUUCGUGUGUAUUGCACGCCACUGUUUAGUCAAGUGACGUCCGCGAUUCAUUAAAACUGACCUGCAUAAGUGAGCUACUUACGCUGCUUAAGAUAGCAAGUCAAACCUUGCGAGCAACGCACUAAAAUGGGGACUGAGAACAACGUUUGGCUUACUGCGGUGGUACCAUCUUUUGGUAAUUUACUAGCAACGCUUAUGCUCAUCAGCCCACUUCCAGCUGUGUUGAAGCUCCGAGCGACCGGGCGACUUGGGGACAUCAAUCCACUUCCCUACCCGCUCACAAUCUACAACGCCUCUGGCUGGCUGGCGUACGGCUUCGCCACGUCCAACCCCUACCUCUUCCCCUCCAACUUUAUCGGCUUCAUCGCGGGUGUGUUCUUCACCCUCACAGCCCACUCAGCGGCACCGCGCGGGUCCCAGGACCGUGUCGCGGGUAUCUUCAUGGUGGGUGCCGCCCACUUCAUCGGUAUGGGCAUCAUCGCGUUGUUUUGGAUGAGCGACGCGGCAGCCGACACGAUGUGGGGCAUCAACGCGACGAUCAUACUCAUGGUCUACUACGUCAUUCCGCUCUCGAGCUUGUGGGACGUUAUUAAGUCAAAGAACGCCAUCUCCAUCUACAUCCCGCUCGCCAUCGGCGCCACCGCAAACGGCUGCCUAUGGACGGCUUAUGGUUUUGCACUGAAGGACUUCAACAUCUGGUUCUGCAACGCCUUUGGCGCCGUCAUCGGCAUCAUCCAGCUCGUGCUGCGGGCCGUGUACGGCGCACGUGACGACAGCGCCAGCGCGGGGCUGCCGGCGCCGCCAGGAGCCAGUGCCCUGGUCACCGCCUUAACGCGGGCUGCCUCGGGCGGGCUGGGCGGUGGGGGGCCGCCUGUGCGCAAAAAGACGGAGCUGCCCAGUGAGCACCCGUCCGCAAAGUACCCCGGCGCCAAGGAGGGCAGGGGCUCCUCCAUCCUCAUGCUGCUCAACCCCUACACCUACCUGCACUCCCACGAGCGGGUGCCCAGCGCCUCGGGCGGCUCUCAAGCCAUGCGGGAGCUUGGGGCGCCCAUGAACGCGGGCGGCUCGGCGGUGGCGGCCAGUGGCGACAGCGGCGGCGGCGGCCCCAGCGGCUCCUCCGCAGCCGACCUGGAGUCGCGGGGGGCGGGGAUGGUGCGGACCGUGAGUGGCGUGGCGCCCAACAUCACAAGCGUGGUAACGAGCACAGUCGCGGGCAAGGGCACAUAGCUGGGUAAGAGCAGGAGGCGGCUGUAUUUAUAUAUCUUGGCGUUGGUGUGUGGGAAGGCGUGGUUACCUCUGAUUCCAAGGCAAUAGAGACCCGGCGGGCCGUGGGGACAGAUGAGGUCGCGCAAGCGAUCGCGCGGGAAUGCUACUGAGUGAAGAAGAAUCAAGAAUGGGACUCGAGGAAGCGUACGGUAUGCAUUGUUGCGUCACCAGCGCGCUGUCUGGGGUGUAAUGAUCAGGCUGUGUCGCUGUGGUGACUGUGAUGCGUGUGCGAUGGGACAGUGUUAAGGCAGGUUGGUGAAGUCCCGUAGGGUGCAGGUGCUGACUCCCGGACCCCAAACAAUUUGCAACGGCAGUGCAACGGCAGUGCAGGAGCGCGCGGCUGGUCGAACGCCGGUGACUGUGAUGCGUGCGAUACCUUGACAACCGGGUACUACAGGGCUCCAUGCUUAGGCGUGAUCGUGUCGAGAGGCUUUGGGACUUGGGGCAGGGUGUGUUUCCGUCUCCAUGACAGGGGCUUGCAGGCACGUGGUAGUUGUGGGUGUUCGUACGUGCGUAUAUUAUAGCCCUUGUACAGUCAACUUGCUGCCACUGGUGUUGGCCUUUUCUGUUGCUGUUGCUGGUGCUGUGGCACUGUUGCACAGCCAGGUACAGCCAGGCCAGGUCAGGAGGGGUGCAGCCUGGGUGCAGGCCUGCCAAAGCGGGGUGAAGCUGCCAGGUCUGGGGGAUGCUAGA